UUUCAUCCGGUGCUGUUGGUAAAGUUAUCCUCAGUGUCGUCACGUGAUAAAACGCAGCAGCAGGGUUCUUUUCAUGUUAGAUUUCGGCCAGAGCAGACGCUAGUUUGAUAGAAGAAAAACUGGACAAAGAUUCUUGAAGGAAAGAUGCCGCCCGUAAUAUUGAAGCGGAGACACACUUUGAAGGGAAAAAAUUUAAUUCCCCUCGUUCGGAAAAUGAAGUCCGCCACGGGAGGGAGGAUUCAGACCCUGGCUAGGGUAAAGAGCACAUUAUCAAUUGAAGAAAUGACCAGGUCAGAGGUUAUUUCGGCGUUCAGAGAGAUAACGGGGGAAGAUGAGAAGGAGAUCCUGGAAUUGGCACAGAGGGAGGUGACGGAUGCUAACCUCCGCCACCUGCUGCACUUUGCUAUAGUGCAUGCUAAUGAGGUGGGACAGCCCGCAGCGCAAAAUUUGCAGCCUUUGGAACAGGAAGAUAAUCAGUUGCGAGAGGGAGAAGAAAUUCAGCCGGAAAGGGCUAAAGUCUCUGUUACAGCUACGAGAACGCUGACAACAGAAAAGGAGGUGGAAAAAAUUAAAGAAAAGGUGAGGCUUUUAGUCCUCCAAAAUCCGGUGAAUAUGUGAUAUGGUUCAUAUCAUAUUCACCGGAUUUGAGACCAUAUUCACUGGAGGUACCCCUUCUGGAAAUC